UCAUUGGGCUGGCUGGCGGAAGUUGAGAGAUCAGAGCCAGAUGGGUAGUGGGUACGCUAUUCGUCGGCGUUGACGUCUCGCUCCUCUGAGACACGGAGAAGGAGAGCGCCCACGGGAAUAGGCAGAAGAAGAAGAAGAAGAAGAAGAAGAAGUUUGAGCAAAAGGAACUGGAAGUUGUUAUUUUGUGUAUAGAAGAAGCGAAGAGCCAAGAGCGGGGAGCCGGAGGGGGUUUGAAGUUUGAAUCAGAUCAUACGAAUGGCGUAUAGAAGGAGGCAGCAGGGAAUGGUAUCAAGGCAUUCGACCGUUGCAUUAGAUGCGGAUGAUGAUGAAGAUGAAGCAGAAGAAGAAGACGGAGAAGAGGAAGCAAAACGAGAAAUUCACAAGCCUCAGCCUCAUCGCGACUCCUCAUCACUCGUCGCCAAGGCAAUUAGAGCAUCUUCCGCCUACCGCGACACUUCUCUCUCCUCUGCUUAUGGGCACUCUUCCCGCUCUCCCAACCCAACACCCGCAUCUCCUUCUCGUUCUCCGCCCGUCGCUCUACAGGAUUCACAAUCAUAUGAAUAUACAUCAAUCAAAAGUUUGAACGAACCCAAACAUGGAUUUUGGGGUGUUCUGGCUAGAAAAGCUAAAGCAAUUCUUGAUGAUGAUAGCGUACCCCAACAAAUUCACACACCCGAAAGUACGAGGCCACACAUGCCUGGUAGAGCAACAAUGGGCAAGUACCAAAAUCCCAUUCACUCGGAUGAGAGGCGUCAAAACAUGGAAAGCCCUAAACUACAAAAGGGGUUGGGUGCCAUUGCAUCUUCUCUUAAUCACAUUGGUGGCACCAUUGGUAGUGCUUUAGAGGAGGGCAUUACCAUUGUGGAGAGCCGGACUGCAGAUAUCAUUCAAGGAACUCGUAAGCAUAUCAGAAAAAAGCCCAGUGGUUCUGAGGUACAGAAUGAGGCAUCAAAGAUUUCUACUACAUCACAACGACCCCAAAUGCAACCCCAGAUGCAAACCGACCAAGAACUUCAGUUGAAGGCAUCUCGCGACGUUGCAAUGGCAAUGGCUGCGAAAGCAAAGCUUCUUCUUCGGGAGUUGAAGACUGUCAAAGCAGAUCUGGCUUUUGCGAAGGAGCGAUGCGCUCAGCUGGAAGAAGAAAAUAAAAUUCUUCGGGAGAAUCGUGAAAGGGGAAGGAAUCCAGAAGAUGAUGAUUUGAUUCGGCUUCAACUUGAAACGCUUUUGGCAGAGAAGGCCAGAUUGGCUCACGAAAACUCAGUUUAUGCACGCGAGAAUCGGUUUCUGAGGGAAGUUGUUGAAUACCACCAGCUCACAAUGCAGGAUGUUGUAUACCUGAAUGAGGGCACUGAAGAGGUCACAGAAGUGUAUCCCGUCACGGUUCCCUCGGGGUCAAAUCUAAACUACGCUUCCUCAGCAUCAUCUCCACAACGACCCUCUUCAUUUCCUUCUGGGUCUGUCCGCAAGUGAUCGAGGACAGGACAUUACCCCUUGCACACACCAUAGCCAAACGAGUGUUAUCAAUUGCCGCCUAAAGUAGCUCUUGUAGCCUAUCCCCACGGCAGAAAAUCCUAAAAAAGACAUUACAAAUCCUUCUCAUUGAUUAGCGAUGUCCUCCUGUAUUCUAUGUUGUUAGCCAACGAUUGGAAAUUACAAAUAUAACUUUAUUGCUUGUUA